AGCGUAAACAGGUAGACUGGUGAAUAGAGCACAACAAGCGCAUAUCGGCUUGUCUAGCGUUGUGGGAAGAUACUAUUUCACAAGGAUUCCACCAUGACAACUGCAAAGGGUAUUGCUUGCCUUUUCCAAACUGUCGAUGAACAUCCUGAGCCAAUCGACGCGGAGAUUAAAGGUGAAAUUCCUCCUUGGCUGAACGGAACCUUACUUAGGAAUGGGCCUGGUAAGUUCGAGUGCGGUGACAUUCCGUUCAAUCACUGGUUCGACGGUCAAGCACUUCUGCACCGUUUCCAGAUAAAGGAUGGUCAUGUGACCUACGGCAACAGGUUCAUUCGGGGUGAGAGUUACGCGGAUUCUCUGAAACAUGGCUCAGCGAAUCACUUGGAAUUCGGCACUUUCAUUCCCCCAGAUCCGUGCCAGAAUAUUUUCUCCCGUUUCUUCUCGAAGUUUUGGCAUGGGUACGUUCCUUCGGAUAACACGAACGUGAAUAUUUUUGCCAUGAAAGACAAACUGUACGCCACUACCGAGGCGAACUUCUUGCAUGAAUUCGACCCACAGAGUUUGGAAACUCUGAAUAGAGUUGACCUCACUACGGAGUUUCCAGGCGAUGCUAGAAUCGAUAUCGCAACCGCUCAUCCACAGAUAACCCGUGAUGGUUCAGUUCUUAACGUUUCCAUCCAAUUUGGUGCCUACGCCACAUACAACAUCGUCCAGAUACCACCUUCCUCUGGAAAAUCGGACGAGAAACCUUUAGAUGGCGGUAAAGUCCUUUGUUCCAUUCGGCCUACCAGUGGCCUUGGCUACAUGCAUAGCUUCGUCCUCACGGAGCAUUAUCUGGUACUUACCGAAACACCUUUGUCCUGGAAUAUAUUGCGAAUUCUGACGACAAAAUUGUUCGAGUCAAGUGUCGUGGAUUGGCUCCACUGGGAUCCGAACCAACUCUCAAGGUUUCUCGUAAUCGACAGGAAAGAAGGAACACAUGUUGGUGUCUUCACAGCGAAGCCGUUUUUCGUGUUUCACCACAUCAACGCUUUCGAAAAAAACGGCAAGAUUCACCUCGACGCUUGCUGUUACCCAGACAGCCAAAUUAUUGACGAUCUUUACCUACAUAACGUGCGAACCUCCAAAGAAUCUGCCAAAAAGAAUGUUGCUCUUACAGAAGUUCGUCGUUACGAGCUUCCCCUGGAAGAACUCGGAAAUGUGAAGGAGGGGAAAUCUCUUGUUAAGCGGGCAGAUGGGCUCGACUACAUUUUAUUGAACGCCGGAUUGGAAUUGCCCCAGUUCAAUUAUACUGAGAAGAACGGCAAAGAGUACGAGUUCGUAUAUGGCAUUGGGACGAAGAAAUUUGUUUUUGACCAUUUGAUAAAGGUCAAUGUCGAGACGAAGGAGUACAUCACAUGGGAGGAGCCUGAGGGAUUCACUUCUGAGCCUGUGUUCGUGAAAAGGCCUGACGGGAAGGAUGAAGAUGACGGUGUGGUGCUCUCAUCUGUGAUUAACACCCGCGACCAGACCACCUCCCUGCUGGUGCUGGACGCGAAAGAUUUCAAAGAGCUGGGCCGAGCGGUUGUAAAUGGAGUUACUCCGAUGAAUCUUCAUGGCUUGUUUAAGAAAUAAACUCGUUCUAGUAAAACGCCUGCACUGUGGGCGAACGAGUGACCAAGAACCAAUUUCUACUUAAGUUAUCAGUAUAUGUUCAUCAAGAAGAGUGAUGAGAAGAAAUUAGAAGAAAAGUAUGGUAGACAGUGUGGAGAAUUGAUAUUUAGAUAUUGGAAGUAGUAGACCAAACUGAUGGAGCUUUUCCGCUUUCCUUAACAUGAAGGGACCUGAAUCCCGCUGCUGGAACAGAAAGCCAUCUUGACUCAUUGAAUGCACGAGAAAACCUUCAGCAUUUCAUUCACUUAGCUUUGCCUAAGUUUGCUGUGAUCUAUUAAAUCUUCUGGGUACAGGGAGAUUUUACUAGGGUACUAGGGUCCUGUUCGAGAACGAACUUCCAGGACUUAACGCGCGCUGUAUGAUAAGGAGUCGAGCGAGCUGACCGUUUUUUCUUUUUGUUGUCAGUUUUUUUUUCCACUUUUCUGCCAAAACCGACGAUUGAAGCACAAAAGUAAGUUCCCAUAUAGUUUAGCUUUGAGAGUAGAUUCGGCAUAUUUUUUCGCCAUUAGAGUAAAAUGCUACUGGAUACGACCUCAACUUAAAGUUUAAUUUCAAUUACCGCACAGGAAAAAUAGCACAUACAGUCUCUAAGCCUUGAAUCACACAGUUGGUGUGCAAAUACACGUCAGUAAGCAGCGUUGUGUCCAUAAAAUUAUUACAUCAAAUCCAAACUUUUAAGACUUAAGUCUAGUUCAUCCUAUUCCCAAGCCUUUAAAAUUUCUUUAAAUAUCUUCAUAAUUAAUCAAGACUGAAAAUACUCUUUACUGAAGCUAAACCGAAUUAUGCCUUGCCUGACAUCUGCUCAGAGUUUAUCAACCAGUUCCUUAAGCUACAGGUUGUACUUUCCCAAUUUGCGGAACUUUGUUUUACUUCCCGUCUUGGUUUUUCCCAGUUAUUGUUUUUUGUGCCUAAAGUGACUUGUUUUGAAUUUGUGCAGCCCCAAUCCAACCAUUAGCGUCAAAAUAUGCUCGAUUCCUUUGUUGUAUGCUUCAACAAUGUUCCUCUGAUUAAGUUCCGUAAUGAAGUGGUUAAGCACCAAGUUAUGGCAAACGGCCGCGGUGAACACAAAAGUGAAAAGAUAUUAAAUUCUUGCCGACUGCUUUCAGCAGUUUAUACACGUUAGUGAAAAUAUUUGAACUGUGAACUUGAAAUUUUAUUUUAGUUUUCCGACUGUGUUGGUUUAGAAAUUGAAGGAAGAAAAGAGGAUAAUCAAACUCAUUUUUGCCAUUAAUUGUCGCAAACAUCCAUCUUAAUUUCACUUGUGAGAGGAGUCUUCUAUUUGAAUA